AUGGCUCGUCGCAUGGCGCUGUGCAUACUCGCGCUCCUAACGGCCUCCACCUUCUCCUUGCACUGCAGCGCGAAAUUUCUCUACGACCCACCUCCGGGCUUCACCGCGCCUCCCGAUACCGUGCCGCUCCUCCCCCCUCCGGGGCCCAAGCUACCCGACCCAGACGUCGGCACCAUCGCGAGCCUCGCCGACGUGUGCAAGGUCUGCACUUCUAAACCGUACACGCAGGACUGCAUGGGCGACUUCACCGCGCGCUGCCUCAAAGCGCAGAAGAUUUACCGCGAGAAAAUCCUCGGCAUACCCGAUAACAUCUGCCAUUGCUACCAGGCUAUCGGCACUGAGCUUCUCGAUUCCUGCCCCGGGGCCGUGAAGCAGCUCGCGUGGCUGGGCAAUUGUGAUAACUUCUGCUACUAUGGCGUGCGCUGCCCGAUUAUUUUCGCGCUCUACAGCCUCGCGUCGCCCAAGUACGCCCGCCUCGCGCACGACAACAACCCCAACGCGCCGCAGCCGGCGGCACGCGGGUCCGCGCUCGUCGUCGUCAAAUUCCGCAUCGACCAGGCGGUCGGUCACGAUAUAUGCUACCGGUUCUACCCGUCGGACGACUUACCGGCCGUCAAGUCCGUCGUGCUCCACCACGCAACGAUUUCGCAGACCGGAACAGCUUUGGUGAAACUGAUGGCUUCUGGCAGCAGCCCGGCUAAGGCGUGCAUUUCCGUGCAGCACACUCUAAUUAAGGCCCUUAACGACAACUCGACGUCGUUCUACGUGCAAGUUAACACCGUCAGCGGCGUCGUUCGCGGGCAGCUGGUCGCGACGCCGCGGCUCAUGACCGCCGCCACAUCAGCCGAAGCUGGCGCGCGCUGCGGCGGAAAGCUCUGCAUGGCUGUCGCUGACAUGGCGUUUUCGCUCUAUUCCGCCAAGUACCAGCUCAAUUUCUCACGUGCCGUCGGCCCUCGCACCGCUGCGAACCUCGUUGCUGGUGGUAAGGGUCAGAAGGGAGGAAAUUACCUUGUUCUUAAAGACCCCCCCGCGCAUUAUCUGAACCUCUCCACCACCGGUCAGCCGACGGGUGCGCUUCGCGGCCAGCUGUCGGAUUCGCUGACGGUUUUCGCCGUGCUGUAUGGUUACCAGGUGCAGCCACCGUCGGGGAUUUCGGGAACGGGGGUGUUUCUCGCAAAGAUCGGCGGAGGGGGCAUCUGCUACGAGUUUCAGUUCCUUAACGUGCCGGUGCAGCCGACGUACGCUUACCUCCACCGCGCCACGUACUCGUCGCGCGGCCCAAUCGUGUUGUCCACAACCCUCGAGAUCAGCAACAAGAUGAAGUGCUUGCAGGCUGAUACCGAGCAGACGGGUUCGAUUAUUACGAACGCGGGAGAGUACUACGUGCAGGUUUACACGGAGAAGUUCAACAAGGGGCUGCUUCGCGGACAGCUCUACGUCGCACCCGCACAGGUCGUGCAAUAG